AUGCUCUCCCUCCCUCUGAUCCCACCCCAAAGCGACAUCUUCCCAACCCACUUCCGCCCCCGCCCCGACUCCCCACCCCCACGCACAUCCACCACCGACCAUCUCCCCCACCGCCAACCACGCGCCGACCCCUCCACCCACAGAUCGCACGCACACAACGCGCGCGCCCCCCUCGCCCUCCUCACCGAGGCAGAAAGCACAAUCGCAGCGCGCAAAGCCGCCAUCCGCGACUUCGGCGCAUCAUGGAUCCGGCCUCCCGGCGUGGCGAAAACGCUGCAGGCGCAGAGGGAGGAGGAGGCGGAGAUUGCGGAGCAGGAGGAGUUGGCGCGCCAGGAGCAGGGGUUGCGGGAUUUGCAGGCUCGGCAGGAGGUUGAGGAGGCGAGGGUGAGGGCGCAUGCUGCUGUGGAGGAGAUUGGGGGUGUUGGGGAGGAGGAGGGGGACGAAGAAGAGAGGGAUUUGGACGAUGAUAUUCCUGAUGCGGAUGAGCAAGGGACGCAGGGAGAGGAGGAGGAGGAGGAUGAUGAGGGGCAAGAUGUGACGUUUAACGAGGACAGCUUGGUGGAAGGAAGUCAUGUCGUGCUUGAAGGGGAGCAACAACAGCAGUAUGAAUUACAAGAGGAAGCAGAGCUCACGGGCGCAGCAAGAGAUGAAGAGGAACUGGGCGUGGAGCACGAAGAGCGCAACCUCGACGACUCGAUUCCCGAAGCGGGCAGCUAUCAACACACGGAUACCGAGGAGGAGGACAGCUCGUCAGAAGCUGCCGAUGAGGACUCCUCCCCCGCUCCAACGGGGUUGAUGCGCGCGCGCAUGCAGGAGGGUACUCCCGUCGCCGCAACUGCCACGACCAGGGACUCCCCAGAGCAUAUGCGAGGCCUUACAGGUGCCGAAACGCUGUUGAGAAGUCCCGGGAACUUCAAUCUGGGCAGUUCGAUCCUGGAGAGCUCGUUUGUGGGCAGCAGCCCGGUGAUGCAACGUGGUCGUGGUGGUGCGGCGAGGGCGAGGGCACGCAGAGGGCGGCUGAGUUGA